AUGCUUGUCAAGGGGCUUUCGAGGGGCUUGUUGCUCGUGCAGCUACUGGGUGCAUUGGUGUGUGGUAAAGCGAUAUCGAGCACGCCGCUUUACAAGGAUGCUAGUGCGCCUAUAGAGAAAAGGAUUGAAGAUUUGCUGGGGAGGAUGACUACUGAGGAGAAGAUGGCUCAAUUGAUUCAAGGAGAUGUCACCAAUUGGAUGGACGAUACGACCGGCGCAUUCAACUACAGUGGACUAGUGGCCAAUAUGGAAGAGAAGGCAGGCAUGUUCUAUGUCGGAUACCCGAUUUCCUGGGAUUGGUUGACGGAGAAUAUCAAGCGGGGCCAGGACUAUUUGAUGCAGAAUACCACACUUGGUAUUCCUGCUCUUGUUCAAUCGGAAGGUAUCCAUGGUUUUUUGAUCGGCAAUGCUACCAUUUUCAACUCCCCCAUUGGCAUUGGAAGUUCUUGGAACCCCAGUCUUGUCCGCAAGAUGGGAGCAGUCAUUGGCACCGAGGCUCGAGCAUUGGGUGUAAAUCAGCUUUUCGCACCCGAGGCCGAUCUGGCUCGUGAGCUUCGUUAUGGACGUGUCGAAGAAACAUUCUCCGAGGAUGGUUUCCUGGCCGGCGAGAUUGCGUAUAGUUACAUCAUGGGAAUACAGAGCAAGAAUGUGUCGGGCAUGGUCAAACACUAUGCGGCCUACAGUAAUCCAGAGCAAGGGUUAAACACCGGACCAGUCCACGGAGGAGAAAGAGAGUUGCGCACAACAUGGUUGCCGUCUUACAAGCGCGCUAUUAUUGAUAGUGGUGCAUGGGCUGUGAUGACUGCCUAUUCCAGCUACGACGGAAUACCCAUGGUUGCCGAUUACCACACCAUCACCGAGAUUCUGAAAGAAGAAUGGGGAUACGAUUACUUCGUCAUGACCGAUGCUGGUGGCAGUGACAGACUUUGCUCUUACUUCAAGAUGUGCCAAAGUAGUCCCAUCGACAUGAACUCCGUGACUCUGCAGCUGAUGGAGGCGGGUGUUGAUGUGGAAAUGGGCGGUGGCUCUUUUAACUUCCAAAAGAUCCCCUCACUGGUCAAAUCUGGAAAGCUUGACAUCUCCAUUGUCGAUGCUGCCGUCACGAGACUGCUUCGCGUGAAGUUUGAGAUGGGUCUUUUCGAAAAUCCAUACUCGGCUGCAGAGAAGAGCCAAUGGUCUUCCCUCAUCAAUACUGCGGAGCAUAAGCAAGUUGCCAAAGAUUUGGAUAAAGAGUCAAUCGUUCUCUUGGAGAAUCACGAUGAGACUCUGCCUCUGAAGAAGUCCGGUAACAUUGCUGUGAUUGGUCCUAUGGCUCAUGGAUUCAUGAACUAUGGUGAUUACGUCGUCUACCAAAGCCAGUACCGCGGUGUCACCCCAUUGGAUGGUAUUAAAGCCGCAGUUGGCGAUAAAGCAACAAUCAACUAUGCCCAGGGAUGCGAACGCUGGAGCAGCGAUGAAUCUGGGUUCGAUGAAGCAAUUGAGGCGGCAAAGAAGUCCGACGUUGCCAUUGUCGUUGUAGGAACCUGGUCUCGCGAUCAAGUCCAACUCUGGGAAAGUUACAACGCAACUACUGGUGAGGAUGUCGACGAAGACAACCUCGCUCUCGUAGGUGCCCAAGGGCCUCUCAUCCAAGCCAUCGCCAACACAGGCGUACCAACUAUCGUUGUCCUUUCAAGCGGCAAGCCCAUCACAGAUGUCUGGCUCUCCAAUAGCACCUCCGCCCUGCUACAGCAAUUCUAUCCAUCGGAAGAAGGAGGUAACGCGCUCGCAGAAGUGCUAUUCGGCGAUUACAACCCCUCAGGAAAACUAUCCGUCAGCUUCCCGCAUUUCGUCGGAGAUCUCCCCGUCUACUACGAUUACUUGAACUCCGGUCGCUCCGUCUGGACCUCCGGCAUGGAGUAUGCGAAUGGAACUAUGGUCUUCGGUCAUAAUUAUGCGCUCGGUUCACCCAUGCCGUGGUACUCUUUCGGUUAUGGCAAGAGUUAUUCCACUUUCAAAUAUGGCACUGUCAGCAUUGACCACAGUAAAGUGUCUUCGCAGGAUACUGUUACGGUGAGUGUUGACGUGACUAAUACGGAUACGACGCGCGAUGCGACCGAGGUUGUGCAGGUUUACAUCUCUGACGAAAUUGCCUCCGUUGUUGUGCCGAACCGGCAGCUUAAGGGCUUUGAUAAGGUCUUGAUUCCUGCUGGUAAGACUACCACUGUUAAGAUCCCGAUCAAGGUUGCGGAUGUUGGACUUUGGAACAAGAAGAUGAAAUAUGUUGUUGAGCCGGGUGAGUUUACCGUGCUGGUUGGAAGCAGUUCCGAUGAUAUCAGGGGAAACGCCACAUUUACUGUGCUGUGA